UUCGUACACAUAUAAAUUAUCGAAAUAGUAUAUUGUAUAUUGUGAAGAAAAAAAUAUAGAAAUAUAAUGUAUCUAUUAUGUAAAGAUGAAAGUGUAAAGAAAGUUUUACAUAUAUAUCGAGUUAAGACAAUCUUAUCAGAACCACGGCUGAAAUAUAUUCCUCUUCGCCUUCGUAUGUACAGUUUUAUUCCAAUUGAAGCUCCACGAGUUUGCUUCACGUUCCAGAAUGCCGUAAACGGAACGAGCGGAGAAGGUACGUGCAUGUCUACGAGUGAAAGGAAAUUAGUGGCCGAGGCUUGGGCGACUGCUGUCAAAACAACGAAGCAACACUUGAUGAUUCAAAUAGGCGGUACAAAUCUGCCUGAUGUUCUUGAACUCGUUAAAAGUUCAAUUUCUUUCCAACAAUGGCUGGUGUUAAAUGGAGGUGUUCUCUUCUAUAAUUCCAAGCGACUUACUUACACGACUUCUUGUUCGAAGGCAAAACACGCUGAAAGCAUCAAAGCAGAUUCUAUCCUCUGCCUGCCGGAAUUAUACUUUAAACCAAGCACGUCCGAGCAAUUGAAGGAUUAUUUGAGACUCGUUAGUUUAGCAGCUCCGAACACACCACUUCUAUAUUAUCAUAUCCCGAUCUUCACUAAUGUUCAUAUACAUAUGGGCCAGUUUCUCGAAUCUCUCGACGAGGAGGAGAUUCCAACGUUCGUGGGAAUAAAAUUCACAAGUUCCGACUUGCAGGAGGCUGCUCGAGCUUUGCGUGCCAAUGACAGAUUCGUGGUAUUCCUUGGAAAUAACGAGCUGAUGGACGCUGCUUGCGCGCUAGGAAUGAAUUCUUUUAUAAUAACAAGCUUAAGCAUGUUCCCAGAGCUCACGGUCGACGCGUUUACAGCCGGAAACGCAGGAGAUCUGUUGAAAGCAAGAAAAACUCAACAACGUUUGACAGACGUUCUGACGACUAUAGGCAAAUAUGGAACUUUUAUAGAGACCAUGAAAGCAGCAAUGUCUUUACUGACGAACAUCAAUCCAGGUCCUCCACGUGCGCCUCAGCAACCUUUGUCUGCAGAAGCUGUGGCAUUAAUGGCAAAGGAUUUAAAAAAUUUAGGGUUCAGUGUGGAAUAUAGAAAGAAAGGGUCUAAAAACGAAGAUGCAGUUGCAAAAGUUUGCAAAUCAAUCCUCUUAAUUAGUUCCUUUGGCAAAUCCAAAAUUUGA